AAUUUUAAACAAAAACAAAGCUUCGAAAACUAUUUUUCACUAAUUUGAAAUAAAGUUGAAAGUAAAAUGAACAGCAAUUUAAAUAAUUGGUUGUUCAAUUUAAAAUAUGAAGAUAUUGAUGGCGGGCUGGCCGCUGAUUUCGACGGCUCGUUGUCCGGAUUGGGGGUUGAAUCCGGCAGCAAUACUUACAACAUGAGUGAAGCACUUCUAGCCCUUCCAGUUUUCAAUCAGGAAGAUAGAUCAAGAAUUAGUAGCAGUGGCAGGCCAGCGAAAGUCUACAUCCAAACGAGACCUCAAACAACUCCAAUCGUCCCAACAAUAUCCAACAACCACCAUCAGAUCAAUAGCAACAGUUUCAGUCUAAAUUUAGACACGACAGUCGCUACAGAAGACAUCACUGCUGACCAUAACUUAGAAAGUGACAUCACUAACGGUGACGUUCCUAACUGUGAAAAUAAUUUCAGUAAAUCGUUAACUCUGCCUUUGAUGCGUACAUUAUCAUUUCCUUCGUCUCCUGAUAUAAAUUCCCUAACUUCCCACUCACUAUCUCUGCCUAUUUUGUCCCAAGAAGAUCUCGAGGACGGUCACUUAGACUCUGACCACAUUGCAGCUGAAUGGGCCCAUUUGAUUUCAUCCAUGAAGUUGGAGGGCGAUGACGUCAGUAGGGAUGUGUUAAAUAAUUCAAGGUUUCAGUACAUUUUGAAUGCUUGUACAUCUCCGGCCAUGAGAAUUUGUGAAGAAACGCUAACGUACCUCAAUCAAGGGCAGCCUUAUGAAAUUAGAUUGAAGUGUUUGAAGGACCGCCAAGAUUUUAUUUUUAGAACUCAAAGCAACAACAACGAUAAUAAUAAUAAUCAUAAUUUUAAUAAUAAUAAUCAUAAUUUUAAUAAUAAUAAUAAUGGUGAGGAUGGUGGUAAUAAUACUUUCAUGAGCACUGUACGAGUGGUCUUUCACGAGCGUCGCAUGCAGUUUAUGGAAAAAGAACAGCUGGAAGAAUGGAAGAUAGCCAGACCGGGAGAGAGAAUUGUCGACAUCGACACGCCACUAUCUCGAGGUAUCAUAGACACAAAAGUCGAUUCAGGCCAUAUAAACAGUGUCUCAUUUUUUUGGAGGACCAGCGACUCAAGCGAUACAGCAUCGGUGUUUAUAAAAGUAAAUUGUAUUAGUUCAGAAUUCACGGCUAAAAAACACGGCGGUGAAAAGGGAAUUCCAUUUAGAAUUCAGGUACUUCUGGGCUAUAUUGUCAGAGAUGUGCUGGUCGAAACGUACUGUCGUAAAAGGAAUAAUAGUAAUAAUCAUAAUAAUAAUAACAACAACAAUAAUAAUAAUAAUUAUUAUGAUAAUAAUAAUGAUAAUAAUAGUAAGAAAGAUGAAGAUAAUUGUCACGAUAAUGACGACUUAAAUAAUUGUACUGGCAGUGAACACGACAUAAAAUCGGCUGCUACUGCUACUACUACACCUACCACUAUUAAUAAUAAUAAUAAUAAUAUAAUUGAUAAUAAUAAUAAUAAUUGGAGCAGUCCAUCCAAUUGGCAGCUAUUGCAUUGUGCCUCUUGCCAGAUUAAAGUUUUUAAGCUAAAGGGCGCAGAUAGAAAGAACAAAACAGACAGAGAGAAAGUUGAGAAGAGAUGUGACUCGGAAAAACUUAAGCAUAUAAUAAGGAAUGACGAUAGGAAAGCGGCAGAUGAUGACGUCAUUAAUAAUAACGAUGAUGAUGAUAGUGAUGAAGAUGACGAGGCAGUAAACAGAGAUUACACUAAUAGUAACCGCGACGAUAACAUCAUUAAUGAUGCUAAGUCCAGAAAGAGGCCACUGAAUAAGGUCUUCAUUGUGAAGACAUCAUCGACCGCAGGCUGUCACGACGAUGACGACGACGAUGCUGAUGACGUCAACAAUGACGAUCGUGACGAUGGCGAGGAGCGUGACUAUGAUAAUGGUGAAGGAAAUUGUGGCGAUGACGGCGGCGAUGAUGACGACGACGACGACAAUGAUGAUGAAGAGGAGGAGGAGGAUGCUUGCGAGAAGGAGAUGGGCGACCAAGUUUUGUCGGCAUCAUCGACACCAGACGACGUCUCCAUGUGGCUUCUCAGUAAUAGAUUUAGCUCUUUCAUUGAGACAUUUUCAAACUUCUCAGUCCAACCUAAGCUAACUCUAUACGUCUGCCAGGACCCAGUCAGUAAUGUUACUGCUAGUACUAAUAGCAACACAUUCAACAGUGACAUUACUGGUUAUAGGAACGCUGCUAAUUAUAGUAACAUUUCUAAUUAUAGUAACGUAGCUAAUACUAGUAACGAUGCUAUAAAUAGAAACAGAGCUAAUGAUAGCAGCGUAAUUGGUGGUGCUUCCUCUGCUGAUGAUUUUGAUAGGGAGAUCGAUACUAUUUUCAACAUUCCGACCGUAGCAUCAUUCGCAUCAGUGCCAUCUGCCUCUACUUCAACGACGACAAUAUUUAAUUUCAGUACGAACAAUCAGCAGCAGCAACUACAGCAGCCACAACAUCUAACCACCAAUCUCCUUGUCGCAAAAUCCCGAGCCAAGACAUUCAACCACUACAGAGGAGAGAGUGGUAGGAAGAAGUUUUUAUUCUCAACGACCACAGCAACAACAAGAACAGCAGCAGCUGCUGUAGCAGCGACAACAGCGUCUAACAAUACUGCACCGACGACGACGACAAAUCGAAACAGCGAUGAUGAUGUUCUUCUUGGUGAGGAUUAUUCAAUUGCCGAUGAUUUUUCCACUGUCGCCAAGCGCAAUUCAGCAGUUUUAAGGUCAUCAUUGGCGGCAACUGCAACGACUGAUGCCACUGCGUCUAAUCCUUUUGUGCCCUUCUUUUCGACACAACGACAGCAACUACAACCCCUUUUUCCGUCAUUAUUUGCGUCACCAUUAUCGGCAUCCAUAACUAUAUUCCCGACUACAACGACCACAUCAGCCACAAAAACGUCGAAAACGACUAUGACGACGACGACAUUCUUCACUGGCAAGAGAUCAAUGCCAGAUAAAGAUGACGACGACACACACAUGCAUUCUGACCUGCACUUCAAAAAGCAGCGUAUUCACCAGCCAGAUCAAUUGCCUAGAGACAUUUUCCAUGCAGUGUAUUUGGAGAUGCUGACGGAGCGCCAUCUUGCCUCGAAGCUCGGAAAAUUAUUUCUAAUUAGGAAGAAUAGAAUAUCUGGCAUUCUGAUACAGAAUGUUCUAGGCUUCCAUGUGCUUGUUACCGAUUCCGUUAUAAGGAAUAUGCAAGACCAGUCCAGCUUCAUUGUAGAAGCCAUCCCAGAUGAUGAAAUGCUUACUUACUACAAGAUCAUCUUGAAAGCUGUGGAGCUAUAAAAGAAUGAAAGAUCAAACAUACAUACAUAUAUAUAUAUAUAUGUGUGUGUGUGUGUGUAUGUGUGUGUGUUUGAUGUGCAUGUAUGUUGGUUUUUUUUGUAUCAAAAGAUGUUUUUAGAUAGACCUUUUUUCAUUUUUUUUGUGUAGAAGAUUUUUUUUUAGAGUAAAACUUCGCAAGUGGUAGUAGCAUUUAUAUAAGUUGCUGAUGUUGUUUCUUGUAGGCAAGUUUUUUUUACAUUAUAUUAUUAUAUUAUAUCUAAUUAGAUUUGCAAUGGUACCAAUAUUAAUGUUAUUCUCUCUCUCUCUCUCUCUCUCUCUCUCUAAUUUCUCCCUCUCUCUUUCUUUCUUAAUUUAUUAAUAUCUGUGUUUGUUUGUCUGCGUGCGUAUAUAAGCUUACAAUUGUGUUUAUUGACACUUGUAAGUGUAUGCAUGUGUGUAUGUGUUUGUUUGUUUACAUUUUGAUGAAUUUAUCUUAUCUAUCUUUACAAGCAGACACUGGUUUUAAAUAAAUAUUAACAUCACAUAA